AUGCUCUCCCUGUCGCUUUGCGACUGCGACUUGUCACGCAUUGCGAUAAGCCACCUCUCGCACACUUUUGUCGGCCACCUCUCACACCAAACAACCAUGGCUCCCACAGUCCCAGGAAAGCGCCCCACCGCCCGCCAAAAAGCCCUCGCCCGCCUCGCCGACCCAACCAUCCCCCGCAAAACCCACCGCGAAGACAACCACGUAACCGACUCCUUCAUCAACUCCAAGCGCGACAAGCGCCUAAUUAAGCACUCCUCCUUCGUCUCCAAAAUCACCAAGCCCUCCUCCUCCACAGCACUCAAGAACCACAAGAAGCGCCAGGCCAAAAAAGCCAAGACCCAGCUAAAGACAACUCUCGACUCGCUCGGAGAUGUCCUUGACGACAUUGAAGAUGAGAUGGAGGACGAAGGUGCAAUAGACAACGAGCAGGCGCUGCAGGGGAAAGUCAGACACAAAAGUAUAAAGUCUAGGCCGGGGGCGCUAAAGAGGAAGGAGAGGGUCGUCAAGGGGGAGAUGUCCCGGUUUGGGCAUAACCUGGCACAGUUGGCUACUGUGACGAGCGCGAGUAGCACGGCGACGAUAAACCAGAACACGGCCAAGAAACAGGCGGAAGAGCAGUCAAAGAUGGAGACAGAGGGGACCGCGAUAACGGCGCAAGAGGCAGCGACUUCGAAUCGGUGGGCGGCGUUGAGGGGGUUCAUCUCUUCUACUAUGGAGCAGAAUCCUGCUUUUCUUGGCAAAUAAUGGCUACACGUCAUGUGUGUUUUUCUUAUCUAUGUAUAUACCC